AUGACAAGAUGGCCAACGCUGACGGGAUGCUCGAAGCAAGAGGCGCCACCGCCGCCAGCCCACCCGCUCCCGUGCUUGAAUGCCAGCGGCCGGCUCUCGCUGCCCCUGCUGUGGGGCGACCCGCCGGCGCGGCAGGUGCCACUCUUCAUCAAUUGGGAGGACCUCGCUGGAAAGGGGUACCUGCCCGCUGACCUGCGUGGCGUUUCCUUUGUGCAGAUUGGCGCCAACUGUGGCAAGAACACCUACGGUUGCGCCGUCGGAGGCGACCCGGUGUGGUCGUACGCCACCAUGUGCGGCUGGCGCGGAGUUGCCGUCGAACCUGUCUCGUACGUGUUCUCGAAGCUCUGCCAGAACUAUGCCCGCUGGCCGCACGUGGUUCCGCUGCGCGGCGCCGUGGCCGAUGCGUCGACAUGGAUGGUGAUGAAGCUGGGGCACGGUGAGAGCAACAAGCUGAUGCAUAUCUCUCAUAGCUUGAGGCCUGCGAGUGGCCGCAGCAAGCUGCAGAACAAUGAGACCGUGCCCGUGGUCGAUCUCGCUGGCCUCUGGGCGCAGAUGCAGCCAUGGCUGUCAGGAAAGGUGGAUAUUCUGGUGAUCGACGCCGAAGGGGCCGAGGGCAAGAUUCUGGGCGGCGGUGCCCCGCUGCCGCGGCCGCGGCCGUCUCUCAUCCUCUUUGAGCACGUGCACCUGCCGCGAGUGCAACAGGAGACCAUCGACGCCAAGCUGCUGCGCGAGGGCUAG